UUUUAGGAUUUAUAUUGGGUUUUGUCAAGUUCAAUAUUUCUAAGUGUGCCAUGUUUUUAACUUGCAUUUUGUUGGCAAAAUCGUGAAAUGUAUGAUAUACUAAAAGCUUGACGACUUAUCGAUUGACAAAUGUGGACCUUUGAAAUGGCUGGUAAUUAUCAUCGAAAGAUAGUUCUGUCUAUUUUCCUUGUUAGUAUUGUAGGAUUUCUUUGGUUAGUCUUAAAAUGUGACGACGGCUCAUCAAUAAUGACAAUGGCAGCGUCAAUUUGGGACACAAAGAGCAAAAUUUCUUUCGUGGACUGGUCUAAGGUUAAGCCACGAAAAAAAGUUAGCGAGGAAGACCUUCAUGAUAAGUGGAUCGUAGUCACUUCAGUAUCCCUACCGACAGAGCAAGUGAAAAAACUGUCCGUAAUAGACGGAUGGAGACUUAUCAUAGUCGCUGAUUUAAAAACACCCAAAGACUGGAGUCAUCCCAAUGUUGUUUUUCUCAGUGUUGAAAAACAAAAGGAACUUGGCUAUAAAACUACUUCAUUGUUGCCUUAUAAAAAUUAUGCUCGAAAGAAUAUUGGUUACUUGUAUGCCAUUGAACAUGGUGCUAAAAUUAUUUAUGAAACUGAUGAUGACAACUAUCCUUAUGAUGGUAAGAUUGGAUUCGGUCUUGAUGGGGAAAAGAAGUAUUUGGUGUAUGCAACAGACAGGGCAACUGUGAAUCCUUAUGAACAUUUUGGACAAUCAACCAUAUGGCCAAGAGGUUACCCAUUAGAGAACAUAGGUGAUCCUGUUCAACGUACCUUUGUAAAAUGUGAUAAUAUUCAACCACUUAUUCGACAAGGUGUUGUCAAUGGUGACCCAGAUGUGGAUGCAAUCUUUCGUCUUACUCGUAAGGAUGUUGGAGUUAAGUUGGAUGUGGAAUUUGAUUCAAAAGCGCCACCAGUUCUUAUACCUCCAGGAACUUAUACACCCUUUAACUGUCAAAAUACAGUAUAUCUGUAUAAUGCAUUCUGGGGCCUGGUACUUCCUCCAAGUCAAACCUUGAGAGUGACGGAUAUUUGGAGGUCAUUUUAUGUCAAACGUCUCCUACAAGAAAUAGAUGGCUAUUUGGGGUUUUUUGGACCAAGUGCAUAUCAGGAAAGAAACUCCCAUAGUUAUCUUGAAGACUUCAUUGAUGAGAAAGCACUCUACUAUAAUGCAGGACGUUUUAUUGAAUUUUUAAGGAAGUGGAAACCAACGAAGUUGGACUUUUUUAGCCAAAUUCUCGAGUUGACUAUCGCGCUUGUCAAUGAAAAUUUCUUGGAACCAAUUGAUGCUCUUAUUAUGAAAGCUUGGUUGACAGAUCUUGUUAGCAUGGGUUAUGUUAUACCUCAGCUUCGUACACAAAAAGCUCCUUGUGCCAAAAUCAUUGAAAAUGAAAAAGUGAAAACAUAUGAAGAGAAACCUUCAUCAUUCAUUCAUUUGGGCAAACAACUUAAAAAUAUAUAUAAGUUAUAGACACUGUCUUCUUUAUAUUUGCUUCUGAGAUUAUGGUUCAUUCAAAAAGUAUAUGAAUAUUGAUUAGUAGAUGGGAUUAAUCAUAAAGUCUCUUA